CACAAGGAGUUUAAAGAGUUGUCCAAAGAUUUGUCUCAGUUUGCGAUCAAAGGCUCGGAGGAUGACUGGGACAGCGCUCUGAAGGGCACCGCAAAGACACUCAUCUCUAUUAAAACUUUAGCCAAACGAGGGGUCAUUGAAGACAAUAAACGCAAUGAAAACAACGGUAAAAGUCAUAAGAAGUUCAAGAAAUCUAAAGCAAAGCAUAAGAGAAAUUAAUUUAUUGUUUAAAAUAUAACUCAACAAAAAGUUUUACAAUUAUUUUAGUGUUGAAUUGUGUUUGUAUUUUGAGA